UGCACGGUAGGGAAUGCAGAGUAAGCAUUGUUUUUUUUUAAUUUAUUUGGUUUUAAAUGAAAUCAAUAAUAAAUAUUUUAAAAGUGUAUAUUAUUAUUUUUAAAUUAGUGUGUGAUAAAAAUGUUAACAGUUGUGCCGAUCAGCAAGACUUUAUGAUGUUUGCGUGCCAGUGAUAUUAAAUUAGUUCAUCAGUUAAUUACGUGGUUAUCAUGUCGGGAAAUAGCACACAGGAAGAGGCAGAAGCAGCGGACCGGGCCCAAAUGGUCAAAAAAAUCCUUAGCGCAUUAUUUUACGCAAUAGCUUCAUUCAUGAUCACGGUUGUCAACAAAACUGUGCUGACUACUUAUGCAUUCCCUUCAUAUCAAGUAUUAGGCCUGGGACAGAUGGUCGCCACCAUCAUGGUGCUGUGGUUUGGUCGAUCAGCCAAACUAGUCCAGUACCCGCCUUUGGAUUCAGGCAUAGCGCGACGAAUAUGGCCUCUACCACUGAUCUACCUAGGAAACAUGGCAACUGGCCUUGGAGGCACCAAAGAAUUGAGUUUACCAAUGUUCACGGCUCUUCGACGCUUCAGUAUUUUGAUGACUAUGAUUUUAGAGCGUAUGGUACUUGGUGUAAGAGCAUCUUGGCCUGUACAAGCAAGUGUUCUUGCCAUGGUAGGAGGUGCUCUGCUUGCUGCUGCUGAUGAUGUCACCUUCUCUGUUACUGGUUACACCCUUGUACUGCUGAAUGAUGCAUUUACUGCUGCAAAUGGUGUAUAUAUGAAGAAAAAGCUCGAUGCUAAAGAUCUUGGUAAAUAUGGAUUAAUGUACUAUAAUGCACUAUUCAUGUUUGUCCCAGCAGCAUUGGUGGCGUGGAGAACUGGUGACCUUGACCGAUCUGCUGAAUAUCCUCACUGGAAUGAUCCAUUAUUUUUAUCACAGUUCUUAAUGUCAUGCAUUAUGGGAUUUGUUUUGUCUUAUAGUGUUAUGUUAUGUACACAAUACAACAGUGCUCUAACCACAACCAUAAUAGGCUGCUUGAAGAAUAUCUUGGUCACUUAUCUUGGCAUGGUAAUAGGUGGUGACUAUGUUUUCUCCUGGUUGAAUUUUGUUGGUUUAAAUAUCAGCGUAUUUGCAAGUCUGUUGUAUACUUAUGUGACAUUCAAGAGAAAACCAUCCCCUGCCUAUGUGCUUGUGAACAAUGGUAAGGUUGAUACAGUAUAGUGAUUGCUAAAAAGGAAGCCGGCUCAUAGUUAUACUUACAGAGUGUAACAUAAUGGCUUCCUACCAAAGAAAUGCUUGUGAUAAAAGCAUAUGAACUGUAUGACGUAAUGACAUAAUAUAACAAAUAUAUGACUGCUAUAAACAAAUGCAUAGUUUUCACUUGUUGAACAUCAGAAUAUAGAUUAACUUUUUAAAGCAAUUUCACAAAAGAGUGCCUAUUGACAUUGUAUUGUUGUUGAUUAUCAUAUUUUAAGAUACAUUGUUAAAUAAUGUGAAUUAUUUUAAUUAUUUUAAUUUUGGAUAGUGGCUUCAUUUAUGUUCAAGUGCUCUAUAGUUUUUUACAAAUGUGCGAUUUUAUAGGACAUUCUUUGAGAUUGGGGUACUCUAUAUAACUAAAUUUCUUACACUAUAAAUGCACUGUUAUAUAAAAUGAAGGAGACACAUGAAACAUUUAUGAUGUCACUUGACUAAUAUUUUAAUUUUUUUUAAAUGUUUUGAUGGUAAUUAUUAGAAAUUGAAUAUAUUUUUAAAGUUA